AUGCCACACCCAUGGGACGAUGUGCUUGUUGCUAGAGCUGGGAACUUAUCAGGCAUGGCCAUUGAUUGGUACCAGUGCCAUGACAACCAAGAGGGGAUUAUCAAGGAUUUGCUACGUGACCCAUGGACUCAUAUGGGGACUGCGGAGAUUUUGGCUGUUAUUUCUGGUUUAGAGAUUGCAAAAGAGAUUGGUGUCUCCCACAUCUGGAUUGAAUGUGACUCUGUGGCAGUGGUUCUUCUUAUCUCGAAUUGGAAGACUUUGUGGCUUGUUCUUCAGCAAUGGAUGAACUUGAUUCCAUAUCUGCAAUCAAUGAAGAAGCCGGAAGGAUCAGCACAAGUUUGGAGUUGCUUCAUUACUACUAAUCCAUUUGGAGCUAUGAGAAAUGGUGGAGUGAAUUUGGCAAUCGAUUUUUGUUCCGAAGAACCUUUUCAUCUCAACAUUUACAAACUCAUCUACAUCUGUGCUCUGUUCCGUUUCUUGCAGGGAGCAGUCAUGGAAGGAAGUAGGGAUCACAUAAUUGUAUCCCUUCUUGUAUCAGCUUUGCUUGAAAAAUUAUCCUCAUCAGAAGCGUUAAGGGAAUUUGGAUCCCAAUGGUCUGUGCAACCUGCUUUACAUGAACUCUGUGAAGUUCUUAAGAAAAUUGAAAAACUGCUCAAGUUUGCAGAGCAAGCUCAAAUAACGAAUAUCGUAGUGAAAGAAUGCCUUAGGCAUCUCAGAGAUGUUGUUUACCGAGCUCGGGACAUAUUGGAUGAGUUCAUCUAUGAAGCUCAUAAAGCUCACAAGGAAAAAGAUCUUGGUGGAAAGGUAUGUUUCCAGCACUUCCCCUCUAACUUGAAAGAAAAUGGCGGACUUUUACGUAGACAAGAUAUUGAACCUCUUAUAAAUGAUGAACUCAUAAAGAAACUAGUGAAGAUUGAGAAGGAACUUAAAGAUCACUAUCUCAGACGGUCAGGAAAUCAGAAAUCACAUGGUAUAACUGAUGAAAUAGAUACUAGGCCAAAGAGUGGUUCUCUAGUUGAUGAAUCUUGUACUUCAGGGAGAAAGAAAGAGCAAGAUGAAAUUAAAAAAAGGUUGUUGUCAUAUCCAGAUGAUGAAAAUCAAAAAAAAAAUUCUGUUAUUGCCAUUGUUGGAUUAGGUGGUGUAGGCAAGACAACUCUGGCCCAGCUUGUCUAUAAUGAUCCUGAUGUAGAGAAACAUUUUGAAAGCGGAAGAGCUUGGGUUUGUGUGUCCACUGAUUUUAAUGUUGUGAGAUUGACCUCUGCAAUUCUAGAGUCCCUCACUGGGGAAAAUCCUAAUUUGAGCAACCUAGAGCCACUUCAACGUAAAUUGGUAAAGGAAUUAAAGGGGAAGCGAGUUUUAAUCAUCUUAGAUGAUGUUUGGACUGAGAAGGAAAACGAUUGGAAAGCCCUGAGAGUUGCAUUCAUGGCAGCAGGGGAAGGAAGUAGAGUCAUAGUUACAACUCGAAGUAGGAGAGUUUCUUCAAUAAUGCACCCAAUUUAUACCCAUGAUCUACAGAUUUUAUCUGAUGACGAUUGUUGGUCAAUAAUGGAAAGGCGCAUAUCUUUGGAUUAUGGUUCUAUUGCUCCCAACUUGGAAGAAGUGGGUAGGAACAUUGCAAAGAAGUGCAAAGGAUUGCCCUUGGCUGCAAGUACGCUUGCAGGCCUUUUAUGCUCUUAUUCUUCUUCUUCUUCUUUAGAUUUAACCCAUUGGGAAGAAGUGUUGAAUAGUUCCAUGUGGGACUUAUUGGAAGAGAGCAAUUUGCCAGCUGCUCUAAGUCUAAGUUACUAUUUUCUUCCCACUUAUUUGAAGCAGUGUUUUGCUUAUUGUUCUUUAUUUCCUAAAGAUUAUGAAUUCGAUAAGCAACGGCUGAUCCAACUGUGGAUAGCAGAAGGAUUUGUUAGAUCCAACACUACAAGAAUGGAAGACAAAGGUAGACAAUAUUUUGAUGACUUGCUGCAUAGGUCUUUCUUCCGGCAUUACCAUAGAGAUGAGUACAUAUUUGUAAUGCAUGACCUUGUACAUGAUUUAGCAGAAGCAGUGUCAGGAGAGACCCGUUAUUUGUCCAUUUGUUGUACAAAACACAUGUUUGAUCUGGACAAAAAUCAUGGUCACGACGACAAGAGGUUAUCCACAUUUGUUGUACGGAACACAUGUUAUUCUGAACGGAUUAAACCUAUCGAAUCCUCUUUUGGAGCAUUGAGAUACCUACGUGUCUUAGAUUUGAAUGGUUCUGAUAUUUGUAUGCUUCCCAAUGAUAUUGGGGAUUUGAAAUACCUACACUAUAUUAACCUCACUUAUGCUCGACGCAUUCAACGAUUACCUGAUUCAUUGUGUGAUCUUCACAAUCUACAGUCACUGAUACUCUAUUAUACCGCAAUAUGUGAGUUACCUAGAGGCAUGAAGUAUCUACGCAAUCUCCAACAUCUAGACCUUAGAUACACUGGCAUACUUUCCAUACCACGAGGAAUUGGGAAAUUAACUAAUCUCAAGACAUUGCCCUAUUUUCCUGUCUCAAAAGACGUUGUUGGUUGUGGAAUUGGGAAUGUGAUUGAUCCUUCGGAUCCUCGGGAAGCUGAUUUGAUGAAUAAGAAGAAAGUUGAGAUACGUUUUUCUUGGGGAGACAGAGGUGAUAAAGAUGUUGAGGUUUUAGAAAGUUUACGACCUCACAGUGAGCUGAAGGGUUUGAAGAUCUUCAAUUACGGUGGGUCAACAUUUCCAAGAUGGUUGAUGAUAGAGUUGACAAGCUACAACAAGCUAGUCUCUCUGACACUCGAACGCUGCACCGAAUGCCAAGUCCUCCCUCCGAUUGGGGAGCUACCCCUAUUGGAAUUUCUACACUUAGAAAGAAUGAACAAGUUGGAAGAGUGGUCUAGCAGCUCUGGAGGAGAGGGAACUGAAUUUCCUAGCCUCUUAAGUAUAAGAAUUACCAACUGUUCCGAACUGAGGAUACUACCACAGCAACUUCUGUCAAGUCCGAGACUAUGUGAAUUCCAUAUCACUGGCUGUCCAAUGCUCAGGAUGUUGCCUCAUGCAGGAUUAAGCUGACUCACCUCACUCAAAAAUCUUUUUCUUGGGCGUGGGAUGGAAGGGUUGGUGCAGUUUCUGGAUGAGACUGAUGAGACUCUACCACCAAAUAUUAAUCGCCUUCAUAUCACUGAUUGUACAUCGCUACCAAAGGGGUUGAGAAACUUGUCUUCACUCCAACAUCUGGAUUUUGGUCCAUAUUGUAAAGUCAAAUACGGCCCCGACGAGCUCCCCACAAAUGUCAUCGUUACUUGAUGCAGGUGGCCUGACGAUCAAGAUUAUCGUUGAGAUUUUGCCUUCAAUGAUACGCAAGACUCUCUCUCUCUCUCAUGUUCUGCCCUUUGACCUUCAAAGUGAUGUUGGUAAUUUCUUGUUUCCAAACUCAGAAGGCUGAUUGGAAAAUGAAUUCAAUUGUUGAAAACA